AUGAACGAACGGCAACAAAGACAGUUCGGUUCAACUGGAAACCUUUACAUAAAAGGCACGGGUUACGUGAAUUCUAGUAAUACAAGGAGUCAAAGCAGCUCACAUAAAGUCUCAUCUUCAGGAUCUAAAUUGACACCACCCCGUAGUGUAUCUCAAUUUUGCACCUCUACAAUGUCAGCUUUUCCUAAAAGUAGUAGUAUUGGUAAUAUUCGAAAUUUGGCAACUUCACCUCAUAACUCAAAAAAAAAUCGUACUUGCCCAAAUAGGCACAAUGAUUAUGAACUAUCAACAGCACAUUUACAAGAUCAGUAUACCAGGAAACUUCAGCAGCAAAUUCAUCUUCUCGAACUUGAAAAUAAUUACUUGAAAUCUGGUAUUGAUAAGAAUUCUGGAAAUAACGAUGAAAAUAAUUCAUACUGCAGUGAAUUUUCAUUAGCACCAAGUUCUUUAACUCUGAACCUUGAUGUGUCGCGCAGAAAAGAAUCUUUAGGAGCAGAAGCUUUGGAAAACGACAAGGAAAAGCUCGGAAGAAGUGGUAAACGGGUUUCAUACGCAAAUCCUGAGGUUACAAAAUCUUUUGAUUUUUCGAGAACUCGGAAACCACCAUUAUGCAGUGUAGGACAAGCAGAACUUUUGCAAAAACUAGAAGAAUCUUACCAGAGGGAAAGAAAUCUUGAGGAAUGUUUGAAGCAGAAAAGCACUGAAAUUGAAAGGAUUGCUUAUGAAAAUUCGCAGUUAUCAGAAUAUAUCCAGGAAUUGAAGGAUAAAUUUCAAAAAAGUGAAGAAAACUUCACGAGAGACAAGAGAGCACUGAUGGAGGAAACUGUGGAAUUACAACGUAGACUAGACUACCUGACCCCUGCAUUAGCUGAUAAAAAAUAUUACUGGCUAGUGUAUGAGACACUAAAAAAACGCAUUUUUUUUAAGGAAUCAUACGUCGCCAAAGUAGAAGGUGAGAAGGAUGAACUAAUUGAUAAGCUGAGAUAUGCAACAAACCAACUCAACGAAAUACAGAUAAUCACGGAGAUGAAACAAAUUUUGCGCAAAGAGCAGUUGGCUGCUAAAAAAGAUAAAGCUGUUGCAGAAAAGACAUUAGAAGAAAACAAUGUACUGAUCAAGGAAAAUGCACAAUUAUCAGCUCAGUUAUCCCGACUGGAAAUGCGCAUUAAAAGUCUCAAUCAAGAAGCUUAUAGCAGUCAAAAGAACAGUGACAUGAAUUCGGCAGAAAUUACACAAUUACAAGAAUCUAAAAGACAACUAAAAACAGAAUUACUCCAAGUUCAAGAAAAACUGGAGGCUGAAAAAGAUCGCUGUCGGAAUGUUGCAAAUGAGUUGGAGCAGUAUCGAAAAGCUGAAGAAGACAUACGAAACUCUCGAGGAAGGAUGCAGAAGGAACUUGAUGCUCUGAAAACCCUAUCUGAAUCUAUCUCUAACGAUAAUAAAUCAUUGCGACAAGAAAAGUUUGCUUUAACUGAACGUUGCGAGGAAUUACUUAAAAUGGUCAAUGGAUGCAAAAACAAAGGAAGUCUUAUCAUUGAGAAACGAAGGCCAUUUGCAGUGCUUAAAAUCUAUUAG